GGCUUAUAGAUGGUGGUCAGUGAAGAUAUGGGUGAUCCGAAGGAGUUGGGUAGUCCUACCCUACUUUGUACAAUUCACUCUAAUCCAGUCCCUAUCCCUGCGGAUUGGUUGAUGAAAAAGGCGGAGGAGCUUCAGAGAUUCCUGUGGAUUUCUUGUGCGGGAUACGAAGAGCAGUUCAAGGCUCUUCUGGUGGCCAUUGAAUCUGGUUGUUCAACUGCAGAAAAGUCGGCCGCUAAACAAGAUAGAGAGUUGAAAAGACUAAUAUGCACUGUCAAUUAUGAUAAUAAGGAGGGGAGUGUGGGUAGGGAAAGACAGAAGGGGAGGGGGAACAGUUUUUCUUAUGAAGCCUAAAAUCAUAUCGUGGAAUGCCAGGGGGAUUAACGAUGCAAAUAAGCGUCUUCGCAUUUGUUCUCUUCUUCAUAGUUGGAAAGCUGAUAUUGUUUGUAUCCAAGUCACUAAGUUGAGCCAUGUUGAUAGGAAUAUUAUCCAGAGUCUAUGGGGUUGUUCAUUUGUGGGAUGGAGUUUCUUAGCCCCUUUGGGUGCAUCUGGAGGGGUUUUGUUAAUGUGGGAUAAGAGAGUGGUGCAUCUAGUAGAGGAUUGCAUUGAGAACCAUUCAGUGGCCGUCUCUUUUAAGAAUGUUGUGGAUGGUUGGAGGUGGGCUCUUGUGGGGGUGUAUGGACCUAAUAUGGAUAGAGAUAGACGAUUGUUGUGGGAGGGGCUAGCGGGACUGCAUCAUAUUUGGGAAUUACCUUGGAUUGUGAUGGCUUCCACGAGGGAAGGAGGUACUUCAAAUUUGAAAAUAUGUGGCUCCAAACGGUCAGUUUUGGGGAGAAGGUGAGUAAUUGGUGGGCAUCAUAUUCUUUUCAUGGUACUCCCAGCUUUAUUGUGGCUUCUAAACUUAAAGCCCUCAAGUUGGAUAUGAAGAAGUGGAAUAUUGAGAUUUUUAGACACACCGAUGAACAAAAGAGUAUUCUGUGGAAUGAGUUGAGCUCUUUAGAAGAGGGGGAGGU